AUGUGCGGUAUUACGAUUGAUUCGGGUAGAUCUCAACCAUCUUUAGCAUUUAAUUUGAGUAAUGGUUCAUCCAAUAUCAAAUCAUCAAAAAGUUCACCUUUAUUAGCUACAGAUGAUGAUAUGAUUAAAUGCAAGUAUUUGACAAAAUCCUCACAAUUAGGUGAUGGGAAUUUUAGUGUCGUAAAAGAAUGUAUUAAUGUUCAAACAAAAGAAACGUACGCAAUGAAAUUAGUUCAUAAAAAUUUAGUUAAAAAUAAAUUACAACUAAUUAAAAGAGAAUUUGGUUUAUUAAAUGCAUUAUCUGCAGAAAUUAGACAUUUAGAAAAUCAUAAUAAUAAUAAUAACAUUCAACUUGAUUAUUUUCAAGGUCAUCACCAUAUUUUACAAUUAUAUGAUUAUUUUGAAACUGAAGAAAAUAUUGUCUUAAUUACACAAUUAUGUGAUAAAGAUGAUUUAUAUGAAAAAAUUAUUCAAAAUGGUCAUUUAAAUUUAAAUAAACAAGUUGCUGCUUAUACUGCAUGCAUGAUUAGUGUAUUACAAUUUUUACAUUCUCAACAUGUUAUUCAUAGAGAUAUUAAAGCAGAAAAUGUGUUGUUUCGUCUUCAUAAGAAACAACAACCACAAUUAUUGACUUUAAAUAAAUUACCUGAACAAUAUGAUUUAUCUGCUCAUGAUUUAAUUUUAGCAGAUUUUGGUUUGGCAACAAGAAUAACAGAUCCAAAUGCAACCAGUCUUAAGGAAUAUGUUGGUACAAUCUCAUAUAUUGCACCAGAAAUUGUUAAAUGCAAAAGUGUAGCAUUUAUGGGCACAGAAGAAUUGUCUAAUGUUCAAAGUUAUGGAACUGGUGUAGACAUUUGGGCGCUGGGAGUCCUUGUGUUUUUCAUGGCAUUUGGUUAUACUCCUUUUGAUUGUGAAACAGAUGAAGAAACUUUGGAUUGUAUUUCAAAAUGUGAUUAUUAUAUCGAUGAAGAAUAUUCAAAUAAUCCAGAAUAUAAAGAUUUUUGGAAUUUUAUUAAAUGCUGUUUCAUUGUAGAUCCAAAGAAAAGAUGUACAGCUGAACAAUUAAGAUCACAUCCUUUCAUUGAAAAAUUUUUCGAUAAUAAUAAUAAUAAUAAUAAUAAUAACUCUAGUCAUGUUGUCUCAACUGCAGUAUCAAUAGGACCAAAUUCCUUAACUGUCGAUAGACCUGAUUUGGGUCCAAGAAAUCAUUCAUUCAAUACUUUAAGAAGAUUACAAUCUCCCGAGAGGUCGGAUCCAUCAUUAAAUCCAUUAUCUUGGACCUCAUCACAUGAUUCCAAUUAUUCAUAUACGGUAAUGCCUAACAAUAAUACUAAUACUAGUGGUAAUAAUCUCUUAAAUCAUGAUUCAAGUUUUGUUGCCAUUAAUACUAACUCUUCGGACGAAUCGAAGAAAACUACUACAAAUCAUAAUAAUAAUAAUAGUAAUAAUAAAACAAAUUCCAAAAAACCAAUGAUUAGAAGAACAAUUUCCAUGACUUCAGUGAAGAAUUCACCAUCAUCUUAUAAAGUCAAUAAAGUCAACAAUGCAAGUAUCAUUGCAUCUCAUUCGACUUUCUUUUUAGAUCCUCAACCACCAAAGGGAUCCUUAAUGAAUGGUCGCUUUAGUGAAAAUCCUCAACAAUUGACGAAUUUCGAUAGUACACCAAGAAGUCUAUCGAGGGAAAAUUCUUCAAGAAGUUUAUUUUCAUUGAUUAGUCAUGAGAGUGAUGAUGGAACUCAACAUCAUCACAAGGAGAUCAGUGAUAAUAAUUGGCAUGAUAAUGAUUUCCAUCAAAUGGAAGGUGGAACUGUCACUUUUGAACUGGGUUCAAGUGAUGAAGAGGAUUAA